AAUCUAGAUUCAGUCCACCUGAAAUUGAUCAUUUUUCAACUUAUGGUAGUUUGUUUUUACAAUUACUGAUAUAUUAGAGAGAAGAACAAUAAAUAUUCACAUAAAGACAUACAACGGUGUUAGGAAAAUGGAUCUAAUCGAAGCGCAAGACGAUGGGCCUGGAUUUGUAGGCAUAAAAUUCUGUCAAGAAUGUAACAAUAUGCUGUAUCCAAAAGAAGACAAGGAAAAUAGAAUAUUACUCUAUGCUUGUCGGAACUGUGACUACCAGCAAGAAGCAGAGAACCCAUGUAUAUAUGUCAACAAAAUCACCCACGAUGUUGAUGAGUUGACUCAAAUCAUUGCUGAUGUGAUAGCUGACCCCACACUACCCAGGACAGAAGACCAUCCAUGUCCCAAGUGCCAUCACAAAGAGGCAGUGUUUUUCCAAUCUCAAUCAACUAGUGCAGAGCAAGGAAUGCGGCUCUACUAUGUCUGUACAAAUUCCAAUUGUGCCCAUAGGUGGACAGAGUAGACAGCAUCGUGACAUCAUCAUUCUUGGAGGACAGUAUUGUGACAUCAUCAUUCUUGG